AAAUUCUAAGUGCACACCCGGAAGUAGGAACAUCUUGUUGGAUUGAGACGCGGCCGCUGCUUCCUCUGCGGCUUAAUAACAGUGUGAAAGUCAUCAGCGGUUUAGUUUAGUCUCAGACCGUAACCAUGAGAGAGCUGCACUUUAAGGACAACUUCUGGAACGGCGAGCUGACCAGCACAGCGGGCUACGACGCCAUCCUCCAGCACCUCAAUGAUGGCAAGAGAACAUGCAAGGAGAUCGAAGACUUCAUGAAGGCCAGAGCUGCAAUUGAGGAGAAAUAUGCAAAGGAGUUGCUGGGUUUGUCCAAGAAAGUGUGUGGCCAUAACGAAAUGAACACUCUGAAGCGAUCACUCGAUGUUUUCAAACUGCAAACAGAACAGGUGAGUAUGUCUCACUUGCAUCUGGCUCAGGCCAUGAGGGAUGAAGCCAAGAAGUUAGAGGAGUUUAGAGAAAAACAGAAAGAUGCAAGAAAGAAGGUGGAGCAGCAGAUGGAUGUGCUGCACAAACAGAAAGGGACACAGUACAAGAAAACCAUGGAGACUAAGAAGACCUACGAUCAGAAGUGCCGUGACAAAGAAGACGCAGAGCAGAUGAUGAACCGAAACGCCACCACCAGCAACAGCAAACAGCAGGAGAAGCUCUACACCAAAGCACAGCAAGCCAAACAGUCAGCAGAGGAAGCAGACCGAGUUUACAACCAGAACAUUCUUGCAUUGGCAAAGUUGCGAGAGGAGUGGCUGAAUGAGCAUGUUAAAGCAUGUGAGAUGUUCGAGAAACAAGAAGUGGAGAGAAUCAGUGUGUUGAGGAACGUCGUGUGGACUCACUUGAACCAGCUCUCGCAGCAGUGUGUGACCAGCGAUGAGCUCUAUGAGGAAGUAAGGAAGUCUCUGGAGCAGUGUGACAUUCAGGAGGACAUUGAGCACUUCAUCAACCUGAGGAGAACCGGGGACAAACCUCCAGCUCCUAUAUUGUAUGAGAAUUUCUACAGCAAUCAGAGAACGGUGCCAAACAGACAACCGCCGUCUGUCACUAGGAGAGGAGCUGCGCCUCCACCGCCGAACACAGAAGGUGACGUGUAUUCGACUAUAGGCGAUCCAGGAUACAGUGUAAUUCGUUACUAACAACACACAAGGAAAUCCAUCAGUACUUAGCCAGAGAAUCCUCCCUGCUGUGUCAAUGUUAACUAAUCCAUGAGGUGUUCAUUAGGUGUCACUUAAUAUUCACCCUAAACAUUCAGCACAUAAUAAUAAUAAUAAGAAGAAGAAGAGCAGAGAAUAAGAACACCAUGCUGUAUGUCACUACACUGAUACUGUAUGGCCAUUGUGUAAUUUAUUGCCUUUAUUUGUCUAUUUGAAUAUCAGAAUUGCGAUGAUAUUAAUUAAAUCCUUAUGAAGCAAUUUUUUUAAUAGUGUCAGUAGUUUCGAUGAACCAUCGUAAAUGUACACUGGAUUUUACUCUUAUUGACUUUGUUCGUAUGUGAGAUAGCAGAUUAUUCGGAGUGUCAUGAAAGACACGGACGUCUUUCUUAUUUAUUUUUAUAUUGCGUUUAGAUAUUUAAAGUUGUCUUUUUUUUUUCUUUUUUUUUUUUUUUAUAGUUUUGCAAAUGGCCAGUGUGGUAAUGUCUGCCAUAUAGAAAACACCACAAAAAAAAAAGACAUUAUUGAGGACAUUUGAUACUUGUUCAGAUGGUAUUUUGUAAUAAUAUCAAACUGAUAAUAUGUGUUAUGAAAAGUUCAUAGAAGGUUUCUGGUUUACAGACAAAGUAGCAUGAAUGUUUGUUGUCAUGUAACAACUGCUGUGCUGUUAAACGCCAUGUAACUUCCUGCUUUAAUAAAAUCUGAUCGCUACUGAAA